AUGGCUCAAGCGAAUUUGAUGUACAGAUUCGGUAUCUGGCCUUCUGAAGAGGUGCUGGCUUACUACUGCCUCAAGCACCAUGAAAUGUUCAGGGGCCUUGCUGUGUGUGAGCUAGGGGGUGGCAUGACAUGCUUGGCUGGGCUCAUGGUUGCUAUUUCUGCAGAUGUCAAAGAAGUUCUGUUAACUGAUGGAAAUGAAAAGGCCAUCAAAAAUGUAAACAACAUUAUCAGAAGAAACCAAAAGGCAGGCAUGUUUAGAGUUCAAGCUAUCUCAAGUCGCAUUUUACGAUGGGAUAAUGAGACAGAUGUCUCUCAACUGGAAGGACAUUUUGACAUUGUUAUGUGUGCUGACUGCCUGUUUCUGGACCAGUACAGAGCUAGCCUUGUGGAUGCAAUAAAGAGAUUACUCCAGCCCAGUGGAAAAGCAGUGGUAUUUGCUCCACUCAGAGGGAAUACUCUAAACCAGUUUUGCAAUCUAGCUGAAAAAGCUGGUUUCUCUAUCCAAAGACAUGAAAAUUAUGAUGAGCACAUUUCAAACUCCCACUCCAAGUUGAAAAAAGAAGAAAGAGAGAUUUAUGAUGAAAAUCUCCACUACCCAUUCCUUCUUACUUUAACCAAGCAUGCAUAAAAUAUGUGGAAGAUAUAUUUUGAUUACAAAGAAAAAAUUGUUAACUACAUGAAAAAGCAACCCCAGUUUGUUGAAACAAGAAACCCUGGAACUGUAUAGUAAAUAUAUAAUUCUUAGAACUUCCUCCCUAGUUUUUUCUUUAAAAGCCAGUCCAAUGCGACGAAGCCUUUAAGAGCUCAAUUUCUCCCCCCCCCAGACUUCCAUCAUGCACCCAGUUGCUUCAUCUUGACAAAGAGUGCUUCUGCGAUUACAUUUGAAUGCAUCUGUUUUGUGGCUGUGUUUGACCAUCUGUAAAACGCUAGAGGAUUUCUUGUUCUAGUAAGUGAAAAAAAGAGAGAAGCUGAUAAUUUGGGGGCAUUGUACACAUCUCUUUGCAUUCUAUAUGCAGAUCAUGCUAUAUUUUCAUUAUUUCCCUCUCUCCUUUGCAAUUCCCGAAAUUUGCCUUAUGGCUUUUCCUCCCUCCCCCCCUUGCAAAACGUUUCAAACUUGCUUUGCUUGAUUACUUAACGUUUUUUGACAACGGGAUUUUUUUUUUGUUCUCACCCUGUAGAUGUAUAAGAAAUUACUGCCUCAAACCAAAGCCUCAUAAACUGACCAUUUGUCCUCUGGACACAAUGGCUUGGCCAGCCCUCUGCUCCUCCUCUCCAAUUAUGUGUGAUUAGUCUCAGUGUGUUGUGUCAAGAAGGGGGAGUGUGCUGAGUACUUAUUAUCUGUUUAGGUACAAGAAGAGCACUGUGGCUAUGAAUGAAAAGUGAGCCUUUAUCAGUGCUGAAAUCUAAUUGCAACUGUUCCACAGAUCUCUUGUUAAAAAUAGAUCUUUGCCUGAGAAAGUCUCAGUGCUACUGCAAUUGCGAGGGAUUUUCUUCCCUCAUGGAGGCACACAACCCCCACCCUCAAAAUUAAUGUUCCAACAUCUUGUUUUAACCAGUGCUUCACAUAAUGGGUGAAUGUUUACUUACCAGAAACAAUAGUAACAAAUGGGACAAAACUGUUUGGGUUUGUUCUCUCAAUGAUUUAAGAUGCUGGCGACCUGGAUUUGAAAAAUUCUAAACCCUAUCCCCACCCAAUAUAUUUUUAAAAAGGAAUCCUGAUGAUAUCACAGACAAAUGCAGUCCAUUGUGAAACUGGUUGAUGAAACACAUUAAAAUACUUACCUUUGGAGUGUUGCUUUUCCUCUCUGAUUUAACAGAUUGAGUUGUACACAAAAGUCCUGUUCCCUUCACUGCUCUCCUCUGAUGCAUUUCUUCACCACCAGUUUGCAUGUCCUUGUAUUCAACACUUUUUAUGCUCCAUUAGAGCACCUAUAUGGAUCUCAGAAGGCAUGGGUCAAGUCGCAGUUAGAUCAUACAUUUCUUUCUCACAAAAACCUGAAUUGCAAUGCCAAGUGAUGGGCUAACAUCACAAUAACAGCAAUUUAUUCCUCUUUUGAUAAAACAGCAGUCUAUUCUCAGUGUUGGAUAAAGACCAGGGGCAAUGCAAACCAGCCAUUUAUCCUAGCAUUUCAGUGGUAGAUCUCCUUUUAUGGAUUUUAUGGAUUUCACAUUGAGACUCUUACUGUGUGGAAUUUCUGCUAAGAAAUUACAAGAAUUUAGGAACAACUGAUGUUUAUUGUAGAGGGAACUCUCCUCAGUAUGUGUCUUGUAGAUACAGCAUAUUCCAACACAAUACGUGUUUAGUGUAAAUCUCAAAAUGGACCCACAAACAUUGGUGAAAGUAUAAGCCUUCUGUGCCUCUGCAAACUUGUUUAGGAACAGGACACAUUGAUGAACUUGCCAACUUUUAUCUAAUGACCCUGGAAAUUAUUAGUACACUCUUUAUUCCUCUGAGGAGAUAACAAGUAUAUCAAAAUGAACAACUAAUUAUUGUUGUUUGUUUCUUUUCCCCUGCCUGUCAUGUCAGUACAAGCUGGUGUCUCAAAUGCAGGCUAUUAUCCCGUAAGGGUUUAAUUGAAGGGGUCUUAAGAACACGAUCCUGCAAACAUUUAUGCAUUGAGGCUGAAUGGUGAGGCAAAAUUGCUCAUGCAUAUAAUUGAUUAAAGGACUGGGGCCUUCGACUGUAGCAUUUGCUGUUUACAAUCAUUGUGUGAAUAAACAUUUUGCUUCAUUCCUUCUUUUCAAUGUCCACUGUAAGAAAAAUUAUAGAGGUGGUCUUUUUGUGCUUUAUUCCAGGGAUAUUCUUCUGAGUGUGUGUGUGUGUGUGUGCAUAAAGUUUACAGUAUAUUACUGGGACACAUUUAGGCGGUGUUUAUA